AUGUGGGAUCACCUUCCUUGUAGCCCAGACCUUUCACCUCCUAGAUUCCAUGUUUCUAGUCCCAUGAAACUAGAACUUUCAAAGCGACGAUACCAUUUGGAUGACGAUGUGAAAGCUGCAACUCAACACUGGUUAUCGGACUUUGAACGGGAUUUCUUUGCAGCACGCAUCGAAAAACUUGUACUACACCUCAACAAAUGCUUAAAUAACGGAGGAUGUCACGGACUUCGAUUUGUGUACUUGGGAGUACCUGGGUCGCUAUCCAAAGGCGACCCCACCUGGCUGGACUGCGGUUACGAUCUGGAAGGAGACAAGCUAUAUUCUGUAAAAUGGUACAAAGACAAAGUGGAGUUCUAUCGAUAUUUACCAAGUGAAAACCAAUCCAAACAGAUGUUCAGCCUCGAUGGAGUGUUUUUAGAUCUGGAGAGGUGCAACGCCACUCAUGCUUUCCUGUAUACGAGCGACUUCGACACGGAAGGUACUUAUGGAUGUGAAGUGUCUAUCGAAGUCCCCUCCUACCGGACUAUUAUGUCGGAAAAGGAGCUCCGGAUUCAUGCAAUUCCGGACGGAAAUCCAAAUGUUUUUGGCUUCCUGAAGAGCUACGAUGUUGGUGAUGUUGUCAAUUUAACAUGCAUAUUUGGACCAUCUAAGCCAGCUGCCAAGUUAACCUGGUUCCUUAACGCAGAGGAGGCUCCUUCAUCCUAUGUUCAUCUGAAACUUCCUUUCCCAAUAAGCUCGGAUAAGUUGAAAAUGAGCGAAUCCAGGCUGAUCUUUCCUCUAGAACCGCAUCAUUUGUGGCAGGGAUUUUUAGCAGUGGAGUGCUCUGCUUUCUUGUCGCAGGUGCACGAGACCAGCAGCUUGGAACUGAUCUUUGGCGAAGGAACAUCGGGAGGAAUGUUUCAGCGAAUUUUACAUGCUCCCCCCGGUCGAGAGGCUCCCGUUAUUACAGGUGCAAGAUCCCGUUAUUACGUCGGAGAUGUUGUCUCGUUGAAUUGUUCCUCUUUCCGUUCAAAAGAAUUGCCUCAUCUGGAGUGGCACGUCAAUGAAGAAGAAGUAAGCUUCUAA